GGAAGAAAUGGAAGAAAUGGAAGAAAGUACUCCAAAGAAGAAACAGCGUGGUGGGAUUAGAACUAUGCCUUUCAUUCUUGGCCCUAAGAGAAAGAAAAAAUAACUUGUCCAUGAAUACAUAAGGGGCCACCUUCGGAGAAAGAGAUUUUCUCAUAUUUGCGCAACAAAAUUGUCAUCCAGAUUGACAUGAGACCAAACAAGAGAAGUAAAGAAGCAAAUGAAAUGUGCGACAGAUUUGCUGGAGUUGGUUUUUAUGCCAACAUGAUAACAUACUUGACUCAACAACUGAACAUGCCGCUGGUACAAGCCUCCAACACCCUAACCAAUUUUGGGGGCACAGCAAGCUUCACGCCUCUUCUUGGUGCUCUAAUUGCUGACUCUUAUGCUGGCCAAUUCUGGACUAUCACAAUUGGUUCUAUCUUCUAUCAAUUGGGAAUGCUCAGCAUAACAAUGUCAGCCAUUCUUCCAAACCUCCACCCCCCACCAUGCCCAACUCAGGUGAACUGCCAAGAAGCAUCAAGUAUGCAACUUUGGGUCUUAUACUUAUCUCUCCUCUUAACAUCUAUCGGUACGGGUGGCAUCCGGCCCUGUGUUGUCACUUUCGCGGCCAGCCAGUUCGACAUGAGCAAGUCAGGUGUCGCGGCACGCAAAUGGAACUACUUCAACUGGUACUACUUCUGCAUGGGAGUAGCCACACUAACUGCACUAACUGUUGUAGUCUACAUCCAAGACAAUGUGGGUUGGGGUUGGGGGCUUGGAAUUCCAACCAUGGCCAUGACAUUAUCUGUUAUAGUCUUUGUGAUCGGAUAUCGGCUUUACAUAAAACCUAAGCCAGCAGGGAGUCCUUUGGUCAGAAUUGUUCAAGUUGUUGCUGCUGCCUGGAAGAAGAGAAAUGCUCCCCUGCCAUCUGAGCCCAGUAUGUUGUACCAAAACAAUGAGCUUGAUGCAGCUAUCUCCACUGAUGGAAGACUUCUGCACACUGAACAGUUCAAGUGGCUGGACAAAGCAGCAAUAGUACAAGGACAGGCAAAAGAUUCAAAACCACUAAACUUAUGGAAUUUGGCCACAGUCCAUAGAGUAGAGGAGCUAAAAUCUAUCAUCCGGGUGUUGCCGAUCUGGGCAGCCGGGAUUCUGCUAGUAACCGCGUCAUCUCAUCAACACAGCUUCGUACUCCAACAAGCUCGAACCAUGGACCGUCACCUCACCUCCACAUUUCAAAUUCCUCCUGCAAGCCUAUCCAUAUUCAGCAUUGGGACCAUGCUCAUAGGACUUGUUCUAUAUGAACGUGUCUUCGUGCCCUAUGUACGUAAAUUCACCAGAAAUCCGUCAGGCAUAACAUGUUUGCAGCGGAUGGGAAUAGGAUAUGUUAUCAACAUAUUUGCAACUAUAUUAGCAUCACUAAUUGAGAAGAAGCGGAAAUCUGUUGCCACACAAUACCACCUCUUGGACAAACCUACGGCCGUUAUCCCCAUCAGUGUCUUUUGGUUAGUCCCCCAAUAUUGUAUCCACGGAGUGGCUGAGGUAUUUAUGAAUGUUGGGCAUCUCGAGUUUCUCUAUGACCAAGCACCAGAGAGCAUGAGGAGCACAGCUGCUGCACUCUACUGCUUAACAACAUCAGUCGGUAACUACUUGGGCACUAUGGUGGUCUCACUAGUUCAUAGCUACACAGGGAAACAACACAAUUGGCUUCCUGAUAGAAACCUCAACAGGGGAAGGCUGGAGUAUUAUUACUUGCUUGUUUCUGGUAUACAAGUACUAAAUUUCAUAUAUUAUGUAAUUUGUGCCUCCUUAUAUACCUAUAAGCCCUUGGAGCAAGUCAAGGAAUGCGAUAACCAAGAGGAGAAAGUUUUUACACAAUCCCCAGCGUCAAAAGUUUUAGUUGGCAAGGAUGCAGAGCUUGAACUUUCCAAAACUAAUAAAUAUUGAUACCGUAGAAUAGAUGGAAAUAGCAGGGUUUAACAGAUGGAAAUGUAACUAUAUUUCAUGCUUAACUAGCAUCCUAGUUUUGUUCAGCAGCAUAUAGCUAGUUAUGGCUUACCAAUGAAAUAUGCAUUACAUGCAUCUUCACUCAUAAAGCAAAGUAUAAAAUGCACUUGUCUA